AUGGGCUACGUCUUGAUGGUCAAGCUGAAUGAAGAUUUGCCAGAGGCCGAAGUUGAAGGGAUUCUGGCUGAGAUCGCCUCUAUCAAUGGCGUGGAGCGCAUAACACCAGAAUGGCGCGGUAAUCGACGUCGAAGCAACGAGCAACUUGCCCGCAUUCUCACACCGUCACCGAUAAAAACUCCUAAAAAGACAAAAGCCCAGUCGGAGCCACGUGGUCAAAAACGCAAAAAGCUUAGGAGGGACGAGGAUGAAUUCGAUGCCAAACUCCAGACGGUCCUCAUGCCACGCACGCCGAGAAAAUAUCUCUCACCGAUGAAGUUCAACGCCGAUCGUGUGCCGUCGCCAGACGCUGAGGACAAAGAAAACUUAACGCCUGAAUUGGCAAAAGAGGAAGGUCAAAAGGCCGGGAAGUCGGAGACGAACGUCGCCCCGUUGACCUGCAAGGAAUGCGGAAAAGUUAACAAGCGCUGGUUCCGGUGGCAUGCGCUGAGACAUUAUCAACGGAAGCUCUACAAAUGCAAGCUUUGCCCCCACGAGUGCAAUCUGAUCUACGACAUCCGGCGGCACGUUUCUUUCCAACAUGUACUCAACGCAGAGGAAGACGAAAAUUAUGAAUUUGUAAUGGACGAAAAGUUCAAAAAUGACUGGACGAAAAAAGCGGCUUAUUGUUUUCCGACGAUCGCCGACACGCUUUCCCGGGAAAUCGAUGCGGAGCUGCAACGGGAUAGU